GCCGCAGACGCCUGAGUGCCGCCUGUUCCCCCGCCUUCAUUUCCCAUCGUGCUGAGGCGGGUGGCAUGGCGGAGAAGGAUGACACCGGAGUUUGACGAAGAGGUGGUUUUUGAGAAUUCUCCACUUUACCAGUACUUACAGGAUCUGGGACAUACAGACUUUGAAAUAUGUUCUUCUCUGUCACCAAAACCAGAAAAAUGCACAGUGACAGAGGGGCAGCAAAAGCCUCCUACAAGAGCCCUGCCAAAACAAGGCAUCCUGGUAAAAGUGGCUAAAACCAUCAAAAGUUGGAUUGUUUCUCAGUGCAAUAAGAAAGAUGACUUACUUCACAAGUUGGAUAUUGGAUUCCGACUCGACUCACUACAUACCAUCCUGCACCAGGAAGUCCUGUUACAAGAGGAUGUGGAGUUAAUUGAGCUACUUGAUCCCAGUAUCCUGUCUGCAGGGCAACCUCAACAACAGGAAAAUGGACACCUUCCAACACUUCGCUCCCUGGCAACCCCUAAUAUUUGGUACUGUCCAGAAAACAUCUAUCCUUUGCUUACAUACAGAGAAACAAAAACUUUAGGACACCUGUACAGUUGUAUCACAUUUUACUUUUCAAGUUUGCUUGACAGGGUCAGUGCUGCUUGCCCAUUUAAUAAAGCUGGACAGCAUCCCAGUCAGCAUCUCAUCGGUCUCCGGAAAGCUGUCUACAGAACUGUAAGAGCCAACUUUCAAGCGGCAAGGCUAGCAACCCUAUAUAUGCUGAAAAACUACCCCCUGAACUCCGAGAGUGACAAUGUAACCAACUACAUCUGUGUGGUGCCUUUUAAGGAGCUGGGGCUUGGACUCAGUGAAGAGCAGAUUUCCGAAGAGGAAGCACAUAACCUGACAGAUGGCUUCAGCUUGCCUGCACUGAAGGUUUUGUUCCAACUCUGGGUGGCACAGAGUUCAGAGUUCUUCCGACGGUUAGCCCUAUUACUUUCUACAGUGAAUGCACCUCCCGGACCCUUACUUACGCCAGCACUUCUGCCUCACCGUAUUUUAUCUGAUGUGACUCAGGGUCUGCCUCAUGCUCAUUCUAUCUGCUUGGAAGAGCUUAAGCGCAGCUAUGAGUUCUAUCGGUACUUUGAAACUCAGCACCAGUCAGUACCCCAGCGUUUAUCCAAAACGCAACAGAAGUCAAGAGAACUGAAUAACGUUCACACAGCAGUACGCAGCUUGCAGCUCCAUCUGAAAGCAUUACUGAAUGAGGUAAUAAUUCUUGAAGAUGAACUUGAAAAGCUUGUUUGUACUAAAGAAACCCAAGAACUAGUGUCAGAAGCUUAUCAAAUCUUGGAACAGAAAUUAAAGUUAAUUCAGCCCCAUGUUCAAGCGAGCAACAAUUGCUGGGAAGAGGCCAUUUCUCAGGUGGACAAACUGCUACGAAGAAAUACAGAUAAGAAAGGCAAACCUGAAAUAGCAUGUGAAAACCCACACUGUACUGUGGUACCUUUGAUGCAGCCUACUCUACACAUUGCAGACAAAGAUCCAAUCCCUGAGGAGCAGGAAUUAGAAGCUUAUGUAGAUGAUAUAGAUAUGGACAAUGAUUUCAGAAAGGAUGAUUUUUAUUACUUGUCUCAAGAGGACAGAGAGAGACAGAAGCGUGAGCAUGAAGAAUCCAAGAGGGUACUCCAGGAAUUAAAAUCAGUGCUGGGAUUCAAAGCAUCGGAGGCAGAAAGGCAAAAAUGGAAGCAACUUCUAUUUAGUGAUCAUGCUAUGUUGAAAUCCUUGUCUCCUGUAGACCCAGUGGAACCCAUAAGUAAUUCAGAACCAUCAAUGGAUUCAGAUUUGGGGAAAGUUGGUAAAAAUGAUACUGAAGAAGAAAAUAGUAAACCCUCCACAACUGACAAUGAAAUAAGUAGUAGGACUGAGUAUUUAUGUGAAAACCCUCUAGACGAUAAAAAUAAAGACAAUUCUGCAAAUGAAGUCCACCCGCAAGGAGCUGAAGAAAGAGUGUGUUACCAGUGCGACAGUGAGGAUGACUCUCGGCAGGCAGAUGUUGAUGGCCUGGCUGCUGCCCACCCAACUUCCAGGGACUCAUCGCAGCCCUCCAUUAAGCAGAUGCUGGCGCGGCUGCAGCUGUCACCAGAUUUUACCUUCACUGCUGGCCUCGCAGCUGAAGUGGCCGCUAGAUCUCUCUCCUUUACCACUAUGCAGGAACAGACUUUCGGUGAUGAGGAGGAGGAGGAACACCUAGUACAAGAAAAGAAAGAUGAGGUAGAAGAAAUGUAAGAACCAAGAUUUACAUGAAGGAUUUUAAAUUGUUCUUUUAUGAAAGUGUUUUAGCUUCAAGACUAGAUACUCCACUGGAAGGGGAAAAUGAGUGUAAGUUUACUCUAUAUAAAGCUAAGAUGUGAAUUUACAGGAAGAACCCUGGUUUGAACAACUGAUCUGAAAUAGUAGUUACCUGUAUGGCAGAUAUUUUAGGAAAUAAGAGAAAGGUAAGGGCUCUUGAAUAAACUGCUGUUUUAUUUGCAGCACAACUGAUCGAUCUUGGAAAUUCUUUAAGAACUUUUAAUAACAAAUGAAUUUAUCAUUUCUUGCCAGAAUUUGCUGCCAUAAAAUGACUGGGAUGAUUCUGUUGCAAGAACAUUAACAUUUAGUAUGACUCCUUUCUACUGUAUUCUCGCAGUUAAUAACUGCAACUGUUAUGUUAAUAACAAGUUGUUUGUAUUUUAUUUUUGUUUAUACCAAGUCUUAAAACAAAGACACAGGUUCUGAAUAAAAAACAUGAGUUCGUGCAAUUGAUGUGUACUGGGGUUUGGAACUAAAAAGUAGUUUCAGAAAUACUUGGGUUAUAACAUGUUUCUUAUGUUUCCUUGUUCAUAUGUGUAUUUAGUUUAAUUUUAAGAUUUCCUAAUGAUCUUUUAAAGAAAACCAUUAUACCAUUUUAAGAAUUACCCUUUUAAUUUUUUGUGUUUAUCUUUUUCUGUUCUUGUUUCAACUAAAAGAGAUGGGAUCCCUGUGGUCCAAGGCCUCAUCCCCAACUUUGCAGAAAGUUCUUUUUAUCAGUUUGCCUAGAGAUAAUGGGUGCCAUUAACACAAGCAGGUCACCAAGCUGCUGAUUUCUAGCCUGAGGCUAUUCCCUCUCCACCUGAAUAAGAUUCUGGAAACAUCCUAUCAGCUUCCUGGAAAGCAUCCUUGUCUCCUUAAUAUUUCAUCUACAAACUACCUCAUGAAAGAGGUUGCUUUCCAAAUUGUCCAGUCUUAUCUGUUUUGUCUUGUUUUGUGUUGCAGAUUGCAUUUUCAAGGAGUGAUAUUUUCAGGAGUAUAUUGUUUUCUGAAACCUAUAGCUCAUAUGCACUGACAUAGUUUAUAGAUGUUAUUUGGGGAAAAUGUAGGAAUAACUCAAUUUAUGCUGCUGCCCUAGAAAGAAAAUUACAUGAUAAAUCUAGAUAAUUUUUAGAGGUAAGAAACACAUUGGAAUUCCUAUAACUUAGCACUUCAAGUGAGUAAAUUUUUGUAUACCAAAGGGGUUUUGUUUUCUUUUUUUCAAUAAUCUAAGGAAAUUUUUUAUUCCGAGGAAAAACUUGUUUCUGCUUUAUAUGAAUAGUAGAGAUCCUUUGUACUAUAAGUGAUGCUGCCAGUUACCAAAAAUUCUGAAACUUAUCUGUAAUUAAGCUCUUAGUAGCAAUACCUAAGAGUGGGCCUAGUUUACCACUUAGAAAUACUUAAGUUUCAAGGAAAAAAACUUUGUAUUGUAACUGACUAUUAUGUUCUUAAAUAGUAACUUUCAGAGUUUACUUUCUUUUUAAAUUAGUUUGUCAACUUUUUUCCUUUGAUUUAGAAGUAAUUAUGGAAAACCUUGGUAACCUUUCUCUUCAUCUAUAAACUUACACAGAAAUAAUUAAAGUUUAAUAAUUUUUAA